ACAGCUGACAGCUGGUGCAGUGACAGUUCUUCAGUCACUGUCGAAGCUUUUGUUAAGUUUAAUGUCAGAUUAUCUACUUAAAAAUCGUUUUUAAUUGAUAAAUUUCAAGAAAAACAACUUUUAACUUGGUCACAUUAUUAUAAGUACAAUCAGGUGCAAGCCUUAAUUCUUCCUAAAAUUGUCCGUUUAACUAGAAAUGAACAGUGAUAGUGAUACCGAAACAUGGUUAAGUAACUGGGAACAACAUUGUAUCACAUCCGUUGACGAACAACCAAAUUAUGAACAAUUACUGAUUACAGAAACAGAUAAUGCACAUAGAACAAUAUGGGCUUCAUUUCAGGACUCUGCAACAGCGAUUGCACAACUAUAUAAAGACCGACAUUCAAGUGAACCUUCUUCCUUAUGGGCUCCAUUUCAAACUGCAGCAGGAUCGAUUACUACCCUUUAUAAAGAUUCUUGUGAUGUCUUGAGAAAUACGAGUGAAGUAGCUAUUCAAUGUGGUUAUCAGAAGAGGAACAUAGAACUAUUUAAUUGGGCAAAGAAGAGGAGACGUCAUAUAAAGAGGGAAGAUCUGUUAGCAUAUUUAGCUGGUAAACCGGUACAAAAAACAAAUAGCCAUUAUCACCAUUCUCUAAGUCAUAGAACGUCGCCUAAGCCUCGAAAUUUGUCACCACCUCCAGGUGUAGCUUCACCUGCAAGUAUUGGCGAUUCUGAAUUAAAUACGUUUAGGGAAGCACUGGUCCGUUCACCGUCAUCAAAACGUCCCAAAGGGUCGGAAUUGUGUGCGUUUAUUAAUGGCGAAUUUGCUAUACAUUGUAAACGUCCUGCAAGUCCAUCUGAUGUCAUAAUGGGCAGCCCAUCACAACAUAAAAGGCCCAAAUUAAUGUGAAAAAAAAAUAGGGAAAAAAUUAUUAACAGCACAUCGUUUUAAUCUUUACAUUGUAGGCGUGUAAAAAAUGUAACAAUAAUGUUCAUUAUUAAUUUAAAUUUAAAAAGAAAGAAAAAAAAACAAGAACCUUAACAAAUACUAUUCUGUUGUUUAGUUUACUUAAUCUUUGAGAGGAAACGUUGUAUGUAUAAAAAAAAUGUGCUUUAGACACGAUACCUAAUGUAUUGGAAUUAAUUUUUUUUUAAUUUAUAAGUAGAUGUUUUUUCAUAUAGAGUUAUACUACUUUUAUCAUUUUGUUAAGUAAUUAAAUGAUACCUUUCAUUUGAUUUAAAAAUCGAUUUGAUUACAUUA